AUGUCCUCCUCUACUACCACUAACAAUGUCAUCGACUUCUACCUAUCCGAAGUGGACACCCGAAUCGCUGAAAAACAAAAAGAGUUGGAGGAAGCAUUGGAGAAGUCGGAGAACGUGAGAAGCCAUGCAGAGACAAUUCAGAAUUUCAUUGGAAAGUACACCAAUUUCGAGUCGAGAGUCAAAGAUUUCCAAUUGGAAAUCGCUGAAAUGGAUCGACUAAUAGCUGAGAAGCAAAGGGAGAUUGAUGAGAAUCGCAAUUUUUCGAGAAGAGAAGAAGCCCAGAUGACAAAACUGAUGGCAAAAUUGGAAAAAGUGACUGAGGAACGAAAGCAGAAGGAGCGGACUUUGUUGAAGUUGUAUGAGGAAGAAGGGAAGGCGAUGGAGGAUUCAGAUGACGAUGGGGAUGAUGAGGAUGAUGGAGAAGAUGGUUAUAAUAAUAAAAAGAAGAAUGAAUGUUGA